AUGGGUGUUCGUCUUCUUGGUAUCAGAAAGGCAUCAUUUGCUGCAAACCAAGCAUCUUCAAAAGUUGUGGAUAUCCCAAAGGGUUACCUUGCAGUCUAUGUUAGAGAGAAAAUUACCAACAAAAUGAAGCGGUUUGUUAUCCCCAUUUCAUACUUGAACCAACCUUCCUUUCAAGUUUUGUUGAAUCAAGUUGAGGAAGAAUUUGGGUAUGACCAUCCAAUGUGUAGCCUCACAAUACCAUGCAAGGAGAAUGAGUUCCUAAAUGUCACUUCUAACUUGAAAUUAAUGGUUGAGGAAGAGUUUGGAUAUGACCAUCCCAUGGGUGGCCUCACAAUUCCUUGGAGUGAAGAUGUCUUCCUAGGUAUAACUUCUCGCUUGAAUUGA